GGAGUGAAGAAAUAUUGGGACUUCAUGAGAACACAUGAUAGUGUGUCUGUCUUGAUCUUUCAUACCAUUCGCCAGUCCUUUAUUUUGGUCAAGCAGUUCCGACCAGCCAUUUAUGCUUAUGAACUGGAAAAGUACUAUCCUCAAGUUUUGCAGAACAAUGACCAAGAUUGCAGUAUACCUCCAGAAAAUUUACUGCCUGCGAAAAUAGGAAUAUCGUAUGAAUUGUGUUCUGGUAUAGUAGAUAAACCAGGCUUGACACUGGAAGAUGUGGCUAGACAAGAAGUUUUAGAAGAAUGUGGGUAUGAUGUACCUCUUUCAAAUAUAAGGAAAAUCACUUCAUAUAGGUCUGGAGUUGGUGUAACAGGAUCACUGCAUACUGCAUUUUAUGCAGAAGUAACAGAUAAUAUGAAGGUUACUGCUGGAGGUGGUCAGCCAGAAGAAGGAGAGCUAAUUGAACUUGUGGAAAUACCACUCAUGAAUGCAAUGGCUUUUGCAUACAAUGAAAGCAUUCCUAAACCUGCUGGAGUGCUUUUUGGUUUGAUGUGGUUUCAAACUAACAUUGCUCCUUCACUGCAAAUGAAAUAGGCACACGUAUAACAACUACAGGAAGACAGAACCUGAUACAUAACAAUUUUUUCAUCCAGGAAACCAAUUGGU